UCUACUAAACAUCCUCUUUAUCAGUUGUUAUGAGUGUUGUUACAACUACCAUGAAAUGCUAGUGCGCAAUCCAGCCAGAAGAUGGGUUCGAGCGCGCUCUCUCUCUCUCUCUCUCUCUCUCUCUCUCUCUCUCUCUCUCUCUCUCUCUCUCUCUCUCUCUCUCUCUCUCUCUCUCUCUCUCAAACAACCCAGUCUGUCAGUGUGCGGCGAGCGUUCAGAACAAGUCUCACUAGUCGGAUUUCUGCCAGUGAGUGAAGCACAUCGAGAGAAUCCAAGCAGGAAAGACGAGAAAUGAACUAUCUAAUGCGUUGCUACAUCCGAGCACAUUCUCAAAUACCCUGCAAUCGAGACCCAUGAAUAAGGAUUGCACUAUUUCUUUUUCCAGCCCUGGCUAAUCUGGCUGUAAUUUUGUCUGCUUCGAGACAGUUGUGUAGAAUUAAUAUGCUUGCUUUCAAUGUGCAUUCAUUUGUUUCGUUCCACUCUUGAUUUUUGUGAACUAUCUGGAUUGAGUUGCACGUCUCAGCCUUUCAUUGCAUCGAAAUCUGUGGAUGUGAGAUUACUAAAUCCAGCGCGAGAACUGGAGGAAAGAAAGAAGAGAGAUCUCUCCAGCGUCAACAUGUUCUUCUGAAGAUGGCGAGGAACUGCUCACCCAUUUCAAACCAUCAUCCAUCAACAACCGUGCUGUGAUCGUCACAUUCCCUUUUCAGUCAAUCCGUCAAUUGGAAAAACAUUCCAAAUCCUUCAAUUGGGUAAAACGACAAAUGGGGAUAAAAAGGGCAAGGGGAAAAUAAGUCAAGCCUAAAAGCAGUGGAGAAAAGUGUGAAGAAAGCAUCACGAAUUGAUUGGAAAAGUAAACUCUCGAAGGGAAAACUCUGGAAAUUGAUAUUGGAGCUGAGUUUCGUCCACGAGUCCAUUUGAGAAACAAACGCACCUGAGCUACUCUCCAUAAAGACGUGUUUUGUGUAACCUACUUUUCUGCAUUAGGUCCACAUAGAUUUCAUUUUUAUUCAACCUGUUUUCUUGCGGUUGUCGUAAAUAUCCAUGUAUGAUCCCUAAACACGUUAUUCCCACUCACUUUGACGGGUUUCCCUAUAGCCCCGUGGGCUGAAGCACAUACGCUUUGUUCACAGUCCAGAGCUGCUCCAACCUCUGGGUGAAGAUCCCACGGAUCUUUGAUGGCAGUAAAUAGACGGAAUUCGGGAUCUGAAAUGGCGAGUCGGCGCUGUGAAAAUGGAUUGGGAAUUCUGCUGAUGUUCUUAGUGGAUUUACUGGGGAUCACGGCGACCAACAUGGAGCCCAUCUAUUGGAAUUCCUUGAACAAAAGGUUUAAUGAUGAUAAGGGUUAUGUCCUGUACCCUCAGAUCGGGGAUCGCUUGGAUCUCAUUUGUCCAGGAUCAGAGCCCCCCGGCCCUCGGGCCCCCGCUGAGUACGAGUUCUACAAACUGUACCUGGUGUCGUCACGGGAUCAGGCAGACAGGUGUGAAGUGACCGGGGCCCCCAAUCUGCUGCUCACUUGCGACAAACCCAACAGCGACAUGCGUUUCACCAUCAAGUUUCAGGAGUACUCGCCCAACCUGUGGGGCCACGAAUUCAAAACCAAUCAGGACUACUUCAUCAUCGCUACAUCAGACGGGACGCGUCAGGGACUAGAGAGCGUGAGAGGAGGAGUUUGUGCUACACAGGGCAUGAAGGUGGUGCUAAAAGUGGGACAGAGUCCAUAUGGCAUCCCGGCCAAGUCCCCCAAAGCCGACCCAGCAGGCCGUAUCAACAACCCAAAUCCAGGUGCUGGAAACAACACACAUCCCAAAAUUCCCCCUAGAGGGUCGGGUGGAGAAAACGGCCCCCUUCCUCCCUCCAACAUUGCGGUUAUCGCGGGCGCAGCCGGAGGUUCUGCCUUUCUCCUUCUCGUCACUGCCGUGAUCUGCGUGGUGUGUUACCGACGACGACACGCCAAACAUUCUGAGUCGCACCACCCUCCCCUUUCCCUCUCCUCCCUGACCUCGCCCAAACGAGGCUGUGGCGGGGGCGGAGGAGGCGGCAACAACAACGGCUCAGAACCUAGCGACAUCAUCAUCCCGCUGCGGACUUCUGACUCCGCCUACUGCCCGCACUACGAGAAAGUCAGCGGGGACUACGGGCAUCCGGUCUACAUCGUGCAGGAGAUGCCCCCUCAGAGCCCCGCCAACAUCUACUACAAAGUAUGAGAGCCGUAGUAGACGACCUUAACGACAACAAGACCACACCAACCUUAAUGACUACCUAAAUCCCGCUCCUAAACUCGACCCCGCAGUCCUCCACGUGACUGCGGCAUUCGGAGUCCCUCGUAGAUCAGAUUAUUUUACCUUCACACACGUUUCUCCGAUACGCAGAUAGUUUGGGGUCGGGUGUGUGUGUAUGUAUGUGUUAUCAUUCCUCGCAACCCCCACCCACCCCCCCCCAAGCUUCGGCCUUUUGUUAGAGAGAGGAUGUCCUAAUAUGAGGGCCUCCUGCUCUCUAUCGUCCCACAGGGAUGAGUUCGUAAAGCUAGAGAAGACCUCCUGGAAUUAUUCAACCAACUGAAAAAACAUGAAAACUCCUUGUUUUAUUGGGGACAUUCUGGAGCACAGACAUCGAAAAUGUGUCUUUUCUGAUGUACUUGCAAUAUAAACCAACAAAAAAAUACAAAUAAAACGCAACUUCAUGUGAACUUGGGACUUCGAAUGCUACAUUUACUCACAAAUAGCAGUCGAGUUUGUGUUACUACUCCUCUUUCGAGGGGAGGGGCCAUUGAUUCAGCCAAUCGUCACACAGGGCUGCAGUUACGUGAUCUAGGACCCAUGUGUUUGAUUGGUGGUGUUUUAGUGGCGUGGAGAAUCUUGUAUAUUUUAAUAACGUGUGUAUUUUGUGAGUGUGUAGGAUAAAUAUUCCGACACUGCUGUCACACAUUGUUGCGACCGGUGUGCUUCAGUAACAUUUUAGUGUUUGUAUGAGUGCGAAUGAGUGUGUGUUUGAGUACAGUGUUAGCGUGAACAUGAGUGUGUUAGACUGUUUCAAAACCAAAACACAAAAUAUGAGCGAACAUCAAAAAAAGUUUUUUGUUAAUCGCUUUCAACACAGAUUAUAAUUAAAUAUGAAUACUCACUUCAAAAUAUGAAGAAAUUUUUAGAUUGUUUUUUUUUCUUCAUGUAAAUUUACAAUUCCUUUGUUAGGCCUAAUUUUUUUAUCAUUUUUUUUUUUUUUAUGACAUGCUGACCUAGUUUCUUCCCCUUUUGAGUUGUAAAUUAAUUUAAUACUUUCAUUCUGUUGCGGAAACUGAGUUUGUUUGGUUGUUUUCCCCUCAUUUUCCUCUUUCCCAGGAGUCUCCUCCGCUUUACACAUAUAUUUUUAUAGCUCCUUGUACUCUGAUGUAGUUUUGAAGCUAGACCUCGUUUGUGAACGUGUUGAGGUAGAACAAUAUGAGAGAGGUUUUUAUUAUUAUUUUUAAAGGCUUUUUUUAACAAAAAGGGGAAAAACAGAAAGGAGGGAAGAAUUUGAGGGGGUGAAAUAAAAUAAAAGAAUGCUUACUCCACCUGUGAAGCAAGGAAACUUCUAGAAAACUAUGAAAGAAUUGCACAUUAAAAGACAAAAAUAGGAGAGGUGGUGGGGGGAGAAAAGGAAAGAGGUUUGAAGGAGAAUCGAGAGAGUGAAGUGAAGGAGAGCGGUAUGGAGAGAGAUAGGAAAGGUUUUUAAUAAACUCUUGGAAGAGCUUGUCUGAAACGGUGGAGGAGGCAGAUGUGAGCACGGCAGCGUUUUGAGGUAGAAAGACAGACUGAUGAGGGGAAGAAAGGAACUCAUUCUCUCAGAUGGACAACAGGAUAGAUGGACACACAGAAUUACUUUCUUACAGACACACAGUGCCCUUUUUUGUUCACACGAAGUGAAGUGGAAAUAUUUCAAGACUCAUUUCAAAUUCUUGUGUGUCUCCGAACACAUCUCAAUAUAAUGCAGACGCUCACACACACUUGGAGAAAGACUCAAUGGCCGUGGCACACAAAAAAGCUCUUAUAAAGAGACACUUUAUAUACACAGUCAAAAGCCAUUCUGAUUGGCCAUAUAUGCUAGUUACCUCAAAUAGAGUCCGAUUAGCAUCAUUCUUUCGCACCUAAUCUCUCUCUCUCUCUCUCUCUCUCUCUUACAUACACACAAUCAUGAAGCUCUGUAACUAACUGUGUGUGUGUUAGUGCAAUCUCUCUUAAGCACGAAACACACUCUAUGCAAGUACGUGAGCGCAAGCACUUCAAGCUGAAAUGUUUCUGAACAUGAUUCUGUACGCAUUGCAAUCUCAGUGUGGCCACAAGGGGCACUAUAGCAAGCAUUAGCAUUUGGUAAAUACCUUCUUCUAUGGUUGGUUGUGUCUUUCAGGUCAAUUUAUGUGACUGAACAACAGUUAGCAAAUAGCAACUCAGAUAAUAACGCAUUCAUUUUAUUACCGCCACAAAAUGCAUAUUAUGAUCUGUAUGUACAAUGGGACUGCACAUUUGCAUCGGACAAACAUUGGUGUCUGCAUUUCCGUACUUGCAUAAAGUACAUUUCUGGCCUUAGGUGUGUUCUCUUACACUGCCAUUGCCACAGUGUGUGUUUGUAUGCAUGUAAAGGUUAUACAGUAGCUAUGAAAUACACUGCAUACACACGCAAAGAAUAACAAGCCAUUCAUACACAAAUAUGUUGGUAGUCUUACUUUGCAGAUGUGUUUACCGAGACUGAACAAUCUGUGUCCAAUCUGCCUAGAAAAACUGUCUUUCAGAAAGUUUUUUUCUUUCAUUUUUUGUCCCUCUGCUGCAUCAAAACUGGGAGAAAAAAGAAAAAGAAAAAAAAAAACAUUGUUUUCCUGUCACAUUGAUGUUAUCUCUUACACAAUAUGGAUUUUGUUACUUCAAUAUCAAGUUGCCUAAAUUGUAGAGGUGUUACAUUUGUUCGGCACUGUUGUAUUUGUGGGCUGUUUCAUACAUAUUUAAGCAUUCAGUUUUGGUUCUUUCCAAAUUAUGUUAAAGAUACUAGAACAAUCUAUGUCAGCUAUGUCUCUGGCCCUGUGCACAUGGACAUGAUGGUGUAUGCGUGUUUGUGGGUAUGUCCAAAACGCACACGAUCGAGAAGCCUUGGACAUCGUUCAACGACAGACCGACAUGGAGGGGAGCAGGUGCUGUUGUGUUUGGACGAAUCAGCAACAUCACAGCGGACGCAUGAGGAGACACAAACACUCUCUGCCCACCAUCAUCCAUUUUUUGGGUCUUGUUUAUCGAACAUCUGGCCUCAGAAAGGUUCAUCUUCUGUCUUUUACAUCGAGCUGUUCUUUGUGCACUUGCUUUCUCCACGAACACUGGGACUAGUAUUCUGUACGCAGACAAAAGCAGGGGACGAACCACAAAGUGUGUAUAUUUUUAGAGAACGCUUCAGUGUGUGUACGUGUUUCUCUGUGCCAAUAGCCAGCGGGUGGCGGCCAUUUUAAAGAGCUCCAUUCCUCUCCAGUGAUGUGUUCAGACGUUUGUAAAACACCAUGUUUGUGUACGAUGUUUUCUUUUCCGUGUCCAUUCCUACAUCUUACCCCCUCACGCUCUCUUGAUUUCCCUCCUGCAUACAAGGGUUAAACUAAUACAUUCCUUUGAAGAAAUGUUGAUUAAAAAACAUACAAGAAAAUGUUUAAGCUGCAUUCUUUGAUCUUGCAAGUGCUCUUUAGUAGGUGUAUGCUUGUGUUUGUGUGCAUAUAAUUAUGUGAACAUUCACUGAAAAUGUAACUGAAUGUGAUAAAAAGAAGCUUUUGUUAUAUUUCUUUAUUUUUCCUUCGACUCAAUGAUAACUCCUCACUUCUCUAAAUGUAAUGUUUGAGGUCGCUAUUCGUUGCCAACAGAGCAAUGAAUGUGUUCUUUAAACGCGCAGAAAUACUUCCAACUCUUUUCGUGUUAUUUAUUUCAUACUGUAUCUCCUUCAUUUUUUUAUUGCUUUCCUUUAGAUCCUACCGUAUUUUUCCAAAAUGCCCUUCAGUUGCCAAAGCAACCAUUUCCUUCUGGCAACAAUUCUCACAAAAUAUGGUCCUGAUUGUCCCUGUGAGUUUGCCACAUAUAGCUACAGGUUAUACAGAGGCAAAGACCUUAUUAGUGCCCAGGGAGUGCUUUAUGCAUCACAGUCCUCUCAUGGGUGAGCCUUGAUAUAGGUGUACAAGGAUAGUGGAAGGAAACAGAAGCGAAGAAACUAAAUUCAAUUUAUAAAUAUCCUCAAAGGGUUAUGUGGUUAUCUUUACUAUGUAAUCAUUUUCUCAGAAUAUGCUUGUAGUCCAAUAAUGAAUAUUGAUGAUGACGGAGAUUUAUAACUACAAUAUGAAAAUAUCCACAUAAGCUAAUGCAUUCAAAUAAUUGCCUGAAUACACACAAACACACGGCCAUAUACAAUGGGCCCAAAAUGUAUUUGGAGACUUCUACAACACAUCAUUUUACUGCAUUAGAUGGCAAAAGAUGAAACCUAGUUGCUUUUAAUUAAA